AUGUUCCUUAUAUUUCAUCCAGCAGUCCAGUCCCUGUAUAGUCUACUUAAUUUUCAAGUCGGCGCGAAGAUUGACCAAUCACAGCGCUUGACCUCUUGGCGGGGAAAUUUGCUUUGUUUUAGUUAUUCGCGCGGUAACGUAAUUUCAUUCACUGCUUGUCUCGUAGAAAGAAGAAACUUAGUCAACUUCUUUGCUUUAAAACUCUUUUAUUUGCCCGUGAUAAUGUCUGUGAUGAAGGAUAUCACCAAUCUAAGCUCAAACACGGCGGCAAGCGGCCACGAGAGCUCUCCGGAGAGGGACAUCUUCGUUUCUUUGACCUCUCCGAGCCCGAGAAAGAGAAAAGCAGAACAUGUGCAAGCUAGCAUGCAGAAAUUCCUACAAAAGCCCGAAACACUCGGAAGUACUAGCAAUGAGGACGAAAUCAGCGGUAGUGAAGCAGAUUGUGGAGUAAAUUCAGUGUUUAUGACUCCUGAAACGCCGCAGGAUGGCCCUCCAAAAGUGAGCAAACCAAACCGAAAGAGGCUUCGUCUUGGAGGCCCGCGUAACGAGAGUCAAUCACCCGCUUUAUCUGUGACUCUUAACGGCCUGACCAAGGCUCAACUGGUGGAUAUAUUGGAAACUUUAGUGGCAGAAAGACAUCCAGAUCUUGAACAGGUAAACUAUAAUCUGAAAAUCAUCUUUUUGAACUUGAGUCAGAUCGCAGAACGAAAGAAAGACGCCAUUUUUAAACAAUUAGGACGCAUCUUUUAUUGUUAUGUUGAUUUGAUUUUUAAAUGCUGUUAAAAUUCUUUGUGCUCCGGCUAAUAAACAUUUUUUCUUGUAAGGAAUUACGAAGCCUCAUCCCUGAACCAGAUCUUACAGAAUUAGAAGAAAGAUUGAAGCGCUUGCAAAGAAACAUUUACAAGUCCUUCCCUUACACUCGUUACGGUUCCUCGCGAGAUGCUUUUUGUUAUCGCCGGGUGAACACUCAUCUAACAACUUUCAAGGUGAGUGUUUGAAUUGCAUGAACCAAUGCUAUUGACUACUCUACAACUUCAUUCUUUCAAUUCUUACUUGUGUGACAAAUCUUGUGUCAGUGGGAAAUUGUGGGCAAGCAGCACAUAAAUAACAGAAUCUUUCUCGAAGAUUUUGAUAUUUUCUAGUGCAGUCUUUUAGGGAUUCAACUAGGACAGGACAUAACUAUCAAAUAUUGCUUUCAUCAAGCCCAUAAGUUACCAUUUUUCUUUGUUUUUCCCUCACCACACUAUCAGAACUGCUGAUCACUAACCAACUUACUCAUAGUCCGUGAACUAGCUAGUUUCCAAAAAAAUUCUCUUCAUUAAAAGUAACUGUUGUUUGGAGGUCUGACAUCAAAAUUUGCAAGUCUUCAAACGCUUUGGGAGAAUUCACAUAUUUUUAUUUGUCCCAUGUUGAAAAAAAACUUUGCUUUUUCAACAAAAAGUGUAAAAUUGAACAAAUAUCUUAGAUUAAACGGUUCUGGUAAUACUAUUUCACAGAAGGAAUGUGUCGCCCAAGGCCAGACUUUACUUAACUCACAACUUUGGGAAUCAACUGUGAACUAUGUUCUUCUGGCUUGGGAAUAUGUUGAGGGGAUGCCUGACUGGGACAAUCCUGUACACAACAAAAGCAAAGAACAAUGCUAUAAGGCCCUGGCAGUCCAGUGUAAAAAAGCCAUAAUGAAACUUAAGAGCAGCCUCUCAGAAGAUAAAUGUAAAGAUCUGCAUGAAAGGUAA